CAUACAUUUCGAUUCAAUUGAAACGUGGGAAGGAAAUUUCAAUCCAAUUCACGGCAGGUUCCCACUUCCCACACAUUUCCGCCUAAUGCAAAAAAACAAGAAGCUUAUCCAUAAAUAAAUGGAUAGAUUGGCCAAAUGUGUAGCAAAUUAUGUUCCUCUUACUCUUAUCAAUCUCUUGAGAAGGGCAUCCAAGUGUUAUGCCGACCACAACUCCGUCAUCUAUGCUGGCAUCCACUUCACGUGGAGCCAGACCUAUGACCGAUGUCGCCGCCUCGCCGCCCCCCUACGAGCUCUCAACUUGCCUCAUUAAAUUUUCAUAUAUAUGCCCUAGUAAUUAAUAUAAUUAAUAGAGUAGAUUUAUCAUUAUUCAUUAUUGUGGGACUCAUAUUGUAAUAUUGAACUCUUUCUAUUAUAAAUAUAUCUGUCAGGGCUACCAUUACAGGUAAGCCUGAUAUUAUUUUCCACAUGGUAUCAGAGCCACAUCUAAAAAUCCCUAUUUUUUUUCUUUUCUGCGGCUGCGAUGUCUUCCUCUUCUGCGCCUAUCACGCCGCCUUCUUCUGAUGCGGCUCAGAUGACGACGGCAGCUCUCUCCUCCUCCACAACUCCGGCGAUGUCAUCGGCUGAGUCGUCUGCUGCAUCGGUGUUCGGUCUCUCUUCUCCGUUGCAGGUGGAUUCCUCCCUCACCAGCUCUCUGUUUUCGGCACCAUCGGCCUUCUCUCAGCCAUGGAUGCCGCCGCCACAUACGGCGGAUUUCAGCACUUGGACUCCACCCAUAUUCACAUGGACUCCGACCUCCACUGUUGUCCGUUCUCCAGUGAUAAUGGUGUCUAUCCAAUUCGUCAGCCUGCACCUUCACCAGUUGCCCUUUCAGUUGCUUCCGUUUCCCUUUGGCAUAAUAGACUAGGACAUUGUGGUACUCGUGUUUUAGAUCAACUUAGAACAAAUAAUUUAAUUUCUGGCACUUCUGCUUCAGUUUCUGAUUGUAUUCCCUGUCGUUUGGGAAAGUCACAACGAUUACCUUUUAAUAAAGUUUUUCA